GUUGGAGCCCAGAACCCAGGACCUGGUCUCAUUCCUGCGUGGGUGGGCACAGGGCGGCGCAGACACGCCCGGCAGGAAAGGGUACAGUAGGGGAGUCAUGGGGUGCCCCCUCGCGUUGCGCGUCCGCAGAGCCGGGUUCCAGAUGGAAGGCCGGGGUCACGAGGAGGGUGUGGAUGGCAAGUGACUUCAUCCCUGCCCGACGGAUGGAGAAACUAAGGCCCAGAGAGGCAGUCAGCCUCCUCCCCUUUCCUGCUCCAGCCUCAGCAGUGGCCCCCUCCCUCCAUGGGCCGCCCCGGUGCUCAGUCCCACCCCCUCCGCUGAUGAGGCCAUGAGGCACCGACUGGACCCAGGCCAGGUCACCCCUCCCUGUCCCAUCCCCAAUCCGGGGGACUCUCUGCUGUCUGGAAGCUGAGGGAACCCUGGGGCCGCGGUGCAGCUGGGGGCCUCUUCCGGGGACCCAACUCCUGAUCCAGCCCCUGCCGGCCGCACCUUCUGCACAGUGUCACAGAAUCAUGGACUGAAUCCAUUCGGCCCCCACUGCACAGAUGGGAAAACUGAGGCCUGGGAGAGUGGAGUGGCUGGCCUCAGGCCACACGGAAAGGCCCCGCCUCUUCCAGAACCUCCUGCUUCUCCUGUGGGCCCUGCUGAACUGCGGUUUGGGGGUCAGUGCUCAGGGUCCGGGUGAGUGGACCCCAUGGGUGUCCUGGACCCGCUGCUCCAGCUCCUGCGGGCGUGGCGUCUCCGUGCGCAGCCGGCGCUGCCUCCAGCUUCCUGGGGAAGACCCGUGCUGGGGAGACUCCCAUGAGUACCGCCUCUGCCAGUUGCCAGACUGCCCCCCAGGAGCUGUGCCCUUCCGAGACCUACAGUGUGCCCUGUACAAUGGCCGCCCUGUCCUGGGCACCCAGAAGACCUACCAGUGGGUGCCCUUCCAUGGGGCGCCCAACCAGUGUGACCUCAACUGCCUGGCUGAGGGGCACGCCUUCUACCACAGCUUCGGCCGCGUCCUGGAUGGCACCGCCUGCAGCCCGGGUGCCCAGGGGGUCUGCGUGGCUGGACGCUGCCUUAGCCCCGGCUGUGAUGGGUUGCUGGGCUCGGGUGCCCUGGAGGACCGCUGCGGCCGCUGUGGAGGCGCCAACGACUCGUGCCUUUUCGUGCAGCGCGUGUUUCGUGACGCCGGUGCCUUCGCUGGGUACUGGAACGUGACCCUGAUCCCCGAGGGCGCCAGACACAUCCGCGUGGCGCACCGGAGUCGCAACCACCUGGCGCUGAUGGGGGGCGAUGGGCGCUACGUGCUUAACGGGGACUGGGCAGUCAGCCCGCCAGGGACCUAUGAGGCGGCUGGCACCCAUGUGGUCUACACCCGCGACACAGGGCCCCAGGAGACAUUGCAAGCAGCCGGGCCCACCUCCCACAACCUGCUCCUACAGGUCCUCCUGCAGGAGCCCAACCCCGGCAUCGAGUUUGAGUUCUGGCUCCCUCAGGAGCGCUACAGCCCCUUCCAGGCUCGGGUGCAGGCCCUGGGCUGGCCCCUGCGGCAGCCGCAGCCCCGGGAGGUGGAGCCUCAGCCCCCCGCAGCCCCUGCUGUCAUCCCUGCACGGACCCCAACCCUGGCCCCAGACCCCUGCCCACCCUGCCCUGACACCCGAGGCCGCGCCCACCGACUUCUCCACUAUUGCGGCAGUGACUUUGUGUUCCAGGCCCGAGUGCUGGGCCGCCACCGCCAGGCCCAGGAGACCCGCUACGAGGUACGCAUACAGCUGGUCUACAAGAACCGCUCUCCACUGCGGGCCCGCGAGUACGUGUGGGCGCCAGGCCACUGCCCCUGCCCGAUGCUGGCACCCCACCGGGACUACCUGCUGGCUGUCCAGCGCCUCGUGAGCCCCAACGGCACACAGGACCGGCUGCUGCUGCCCCAUGCCGGCUACGCCCGGCCCUGGAGCCCCGCGGAGGACAGCCGCGUACGCCUGACUGCCCGACGCUGUCCUAUCUGAGCCCCCGCAGGACCCCUGGCCACACACAGCAAGAAAGAUACAUCUGACCAGUCUCAACAUCAGCGUAUUUCCCCUCUCACCCUCGCUUCCAGGCAGCUCUGAAAUAUGUCCCACCUGUGCAGCUAUGUGACUCCCUCCCACACACACUUAGACACCUCUGCAUGCAGUUGGAGUCACUGUCACAAGCCGGCAGGCACUGGUGAGGAGACACUGAAGAGACUCUGACUUGUAUUUCGCUUCUCUCCUUGGCUGCCAGGAAGCUCAUAGCUAUUUAUACUCAGAAAGUUUAACUCUG